GCCCUUCGGCCCGGUUUGAUACCUUCUCCUGGCACUGGGUUUGCUUACGGACAGGUCUGCUGCUAAUAAUCCCCAUCGGAGUAGGGGAACUCCCGGAGAAGGUAGGGGUUGUUCAUCAGUUCAUCGCGUCGCCGAGCAGGACCGCCUGAAUCCCCCUCCUCGUCUUCCUCGGCCUUCCCAGCUGCUCCGAUGGCGGCCUCCGAGGCUGAGCAGAAAGUCGUGGUGCACGUCCGCUCGGCCGGCAACGCGCCGAUACUGAAGCAAGACAAGUUCAAGAUUUCAGGACGAGAUAAAUUCUUGAGGGUUAUUGAAUUUCUUCGUCGACAACUUCAUCAGGAUACACUGUUUGUCUAUGUCAACAGUUCGUUUUCUCCAAGCCCAGACGAGCUGAUAAUUGACUUGUAUAAUAAUUUUGCAAUAGACGGGAAGCUUGUGGUAAACUAUGCUUUAUCGGCAGCGUGGGGUUAAAAGAUUGGAUUUGCGGGAAGAAUCGAAUGGAUCGAAAACGCCGUUUGAAAUUUGACCGUUUUACUGUGUAUAGCUGGAGUUGUAGUUGGUCAGUCAAAGAGGCACUAGCUCUCACAUAUGUUGAUGAUGAAAGUAAAGGUUCUUGCGAGACUGCCUUUUCUGGCAUUGAACUGUCCAAGUGUUCUCUCUCUCUACAGUAUGUUUAUUGGUUCUUGAUUCAUGUCGUGUGUGUGAUUGGGCCUAGAGAAACGGGAUGGAUUUUUACCUAGGAGCAAAUUUGGGUUUUUUAAUCGUAGAUUGGAUUUGGUUCA